GCACCAGCAAGAUCUUGUAUGGAAGAAACUAGAGUAGUAACUAAGUGGAUACUGUAGAAAAUAAAAACAAAAUGGAGGACAUUGACUACUUAUCUUGGAAUCAGAACAACGUAAAUAAACGUAAAUAAAAUCAAUAAAUUAAAUAAAUUUUCUACGCGUCAAUGUGGUGUUGAAAAUUUAUUUCAAUCUCCACAUUCGACUUGGAUUUAUCAGCUUUAGAAGUCUCUUAGCCGGUUUUCAUUUGUUGUUGAUCAGCUUAAGUAUGGGUUUAACAUUUUAUAUUAGUAUGGAACCCUUGGAUGUAUUUUAUUGUAAAUGUGUUUUAUUUAAAUUUUAAUCAUAUAUAUAAAUUACUUCAUUAUUUAGUGUUAAUUUGUUUUAUAAAAGUAUAACUGACUACAAUUAUUAUGACGAAGAAAUCAUCAAGACGAGCACAGUAGAUUUUUUUUUAGCAAUAUUCCUGAAAACAAGGAUGAAAGCUUGCUAUCUUCCGCUGCCUCAUUACCUACCACAGAAGCACCUCAGUAUUCCUGGUUUAUCUUUUGUUUCUAUCAAGACAUACUAUAGACUCGGAAUUGCGGUUGAGGGCAAAACUUGUCCUGUUGUAAUCCGCUUUACUAGAUCUGAUGCUCUCAGAAAUGUAUGGAGAAGCAAGAGUAAACUUAAACGCUCCUUUGCAGUACUCUCUGAAUUUUUAACCAAAGCACGCCAGGUUUUGUUCCAAGACACUCUCAGGCACAUCGGUAUGACUAAUGUUUGGACAUUGGGAAGCAAUAUUUAUAUAAAAACACCGAAUGAUAGCCGUGUAAUGGUACAUACCCCUGAGGAUCUUCAGAUAUUAAAUAAGCAUCAUCAAAAAUGUGUGUUUGAACUCAGGUUCAAGUGCAACUAAUACCAAGGAUUCUUCGAAUGCUGUGUUGAAAUUGACUACUGUUAAGGCAAGACGCUCGCUUUAAACUUUAUUGGCAUUUACUUUUCAUAGUUAAUCUGCAGGUAGUUGUUUAAGGUGUGCUACUUUUUUUUUAAUGGCUUAUCUCUACAUUUUGCAUAAUUCUGUCAAUGUCAAGUGAAUAAAUUAAUUUCGACAUGAAAAAUUAAAAUGAAAUGAAUGAAUUAUUGAUGGCGAUUAUUCUUUUACUUCUAUAAUAUAUAUUUUUAAAUCUACUUAUUCUUAAGUUUAGACAAAAUUACAGUAAUAACCUCAGAAUAGCCAUUUUGUUAAAGUCGAAGAAACCUUUGUCCAUGUAGCUUAAUCUUAAACUAUUAUUUUUUGUUAGUAGCUGUCAAAAGUGAAAAGUUAGUUUUAAUUGUUGUUUAUAAUAAAUGAGCAAUUUUAAAUGAAAUUAAUGUUACUGAAAUAUGUAUUUCUACCAAUUGCAUAGUGCAGAUUGAUCUAUCUUUGUUAUAUUAAAUUUUACAAUUUUUAUAUUUGUGUCGAAUGUCUCAGGGUGGUCCAAAACUCAGAGUUUGCCUAGCUUGUUUCUCUAGAGAUAAUCUUAUU